UUCAUGGCAAAUAUGUUCAAAAUGACAUUGAAAAGAAGUAUAAGCUGUGUCAAUAACAUUAUUAAAAAAAUCGGAAGGAAUACAAAGAUUACCUAAUUGAUUCGAACUAUUAAAAACUUUAUAUGCUUUAAAAAAUAUCAAAAGAUCAUUAUUUUUUUCAAAAUUUCUAUUUUCUCUUGUAAAGGCAGUUACACAAUCUGAGCAUUUGAAUUUUGCAAAACAUUUUGUAGCUAUAUAACCUGCAACAUAUUUUACUGAGCAAUUAUAUAAAGAUGCUGAUUCAUUGUCAUUAUUUAAAAUACUAUUGGCUUUAUCUGAAUGAUUCUCUAAACUGGAUGUAGUACUAAGAUUACUAAGAUUACUGACACUUUCUACUAAGUUAUGCAUAUCUGCAGACACUAUUUCAUCGGCAGGCAAGUCAAUACGAUCCUCAAUUACUGUACAUGAUUCAUAAUCAGCCUGACAGGAGCUGCGUUUUCGCGGUUUUUUCCUAGUCAGAAAAAUAUGGUUGUCGCAACCAAUACUUUUGUAAAACCUCCUUACACACUCAUUAUUCAUUUUCUUGUCAUUUAUUUACUUUCAUUAUUGUUAAAAAGUAUAUUUUACAUAAUAUACUGCAUGAAUGAUGAAUCGUCUGCUUGUGCGUGCUCAUAUGCGCGCCAAGCUGUAGGAAACUCAUAGGUGGCGCCGCCGAGCGGUUGGGUAACAGAACUAACGGCCUGUUACCCAAGCUUUCGUCCCCCCAUUUUAACCCAGAACCGUUCUUCUAUAGGAAGUCUAUAUUCGUUGGUACAUACACACCGCACCGCGUUGCAGACAGCAUCAGCAGCUGACUGACGUCUGACUGCUGACUGCAGACUCGCCAGUGCAGCGUGUUGCAGCACACUUCUUGCUUGCUGCGUCGGUCGGUAAAGGAAGAUACCUAUACGAGUAAGCCGCGCAAAAUGCGAGGUUCGACAGUUUUUCCCCCCGCGAACCGACUACAUUAAACAGUCGAGUCGACUGUUGCCUCUCGCCGUGCCGUGCAUCAAACGUACCUAUAAUAAGUAUUACAGUAAAAUUGUUAAAAUGCCACGACGAAGGACAGCACAAAAGUCCCUGUCCCAGCCAAGUACGAGCGCGCGAGGCACCCAACACGGCAGCGAGGAAGACGACGAAGAUGUUGCACCUCCAACGCAAAAUCAGAGGCAGAACAAAACGUUCUCGGACGCGGAACAUGGCCAGCAUGUAGCCAACGCGGUCAGAUAUAUCCUAGCUGCUGAUCAAUUCAAGACGCCCAUCAACAGGUCAGCAGUUAGCAAAGCAAUAGAUUGUCACGGUGCAGGAUUUAGAACUGUGAUGAACUCGGCUGAAAAAGUUUUACAAGAGGUGUUUGGAUACAGGAUGGUAAAUAUUAAAAACAACGAGACAAGCAGUGGCAAAUUCAUUCUAGUAAACAAGCUUCAAGACAGUUUGCCAUACAUGACUUUCGAUAAAGAAGUUGGCGAUCGCUACGUCCUGCUUUUCUUGGUACUCUCCCAUAUCUUCAUGAAUGGUGAAAUAUGCAGCGAAGCUUCACUAAUGAAAUUCCUUCUGAAGCUGGGAAUUAUCGAGGAAGGAAACAUGCUCAAUGAACUGUACGGCAAUGUAAUGGAUCUGGUAACAAAGGACUUUGUCAAGGAGAGAUACAUAAGAGCCGAGGCAACUGAGAACAGUGAGACUCAAGAGAAAGAAUUUUCAUGGGGCGAACGAGCUCUUGAGGAGCUAUCUCCUAGAGCUGUAAUGGAGUUUGUCUCCAAGAUGUAUGCUGGAGACAGGGAGAUGUCAAGUUGGCCGCAACAGCACGACAGGAUGCAGACUCUUGAGCAAGAACAUCACCAUGAUGGCGAUUUGGAAUGAAUGCGCUUUUAUCUAUUUUUCUAAUUCACUGUGUAUGCAUUGAUACGAUGAUAUUGAAGGAAUAAAAUGUAUAAUACACAAGUGAAGCCAUAGCAGCGCGAUUAGAUCCCCCCGAUAAAGUUAAGCGCGACUCGUAUAAUGCGCGCAGGCGCGCUGCAAGCGCGGUGCAAGCACCUCCGCCGCGGUGCAUACUGGGCAGCAGUUUGGCCGCUGCACUGCAAGCACAGCAGAGACCAGUCCAUCCCUCCAUAAUGCUCCGCAGGCGCCGAAGGAGAAGAAACAAGAAGAAGCUGACUAUCUAGAAUAUAAGGAUGUUCACGUACUACCAGAACUUGAACGCGCGGCGCGAAGAGAACGAGCUGCAGCGCGAGGCCGAGUCGACGGGCCACGACCGCUUCUGCCAGUCGCGGCCCGGCGGCGUGACGACCCGGCGCAAGCGACGGGGCCUGACGAGCCGCAGGACCCAGAGCGCCAUCGAGAUCGAGUGCAACAACGACGCCUUCGCCUCGGUCCGCAGUGUCCUGUUGAGCAAGGAGAAGAGCGCCAGCAUCGAGGAGGACGAGAGCACGCCGGCGGCGGCUGCGGCGGCGGCGGUCUACUCCGACGAGCAGCUCGAGAACAACAAGGGCUACUAUCAGCUAUCCAGCAAGAUUGACAGCCUCGCCAAGUUACUCUUCAACCGGGUCCACGCUGUCAAGGCUGGCUACAACAGGGCCGAGAACGACGCGCAAAG